AUGGCCACUGCGCAAAGGUUCCUCAUCAGUAUGUGCGAGAGCAGCGGGCGCUGGACGUGGACUGCGGUUGUUCUGCUGGGCUUUCUGCUUGGGAUCGUGUCCUCCUACCCCAUCUCGAACAGGACUAAUGCAACUUCACUGGAGAAAAGGUGGGAGACGCUCUUCUCCCGCUCCGUUUUGGGGAUCUCGGUGGAGAAAUCGGACCUGAACUGGGAGAGUGACUAUUUGCUGGGCAUUAAGAGAGUGCGGAGGCUGUACUGCAACGUGGGCAUCGGGUUUCACCUGCAGGUCCUGCCAGACGGAAGGAUAAACGGUGUCCAUAAUGAGAACCAGUACAGUCUAAUAGAAAUCUCAGCGGUAGAGAGAGGAGUGGUUAGUCUAUACGGCGUGAAAAGCAAGCUGUUUGUCGCAAUGAGCAGCCGCGGAAGGUUAUACGGAACGAGGGCCUUCCGUGACGAGUGCAAGUUCAAGGAGACGCUGCUGCCCAACAAUUACAACGCAUACGAGUCUUCCAUUUACAAGGGCUUUUAUAUCGCCCUCAGCAAACACGGCCGCUUGAAGCGAGGCUACAAGGCUUCCCCUGCAAUGACUGUCACACAUUUCCUCCCACGUUUAUGAGCAAACCUGGCAAUAACACAAUAAUUUGCACAUGUUGGAUGUUCUCGUAGGUAACCCAAACAUGCUAAGAGGUGAACUGCAAAGAACUAAAAUAACACUUACGGUAUUUAUUCUCGUUGAAAUAAUAAUAAUAAUAAUAUAUGUAUAUUUCGGUAGCUUACUUUGUGUCUGAACUUUGUGUACAUGCCAUUCUUUGCUGCUUAUGAUUUCUAUUAUGAAUAUUACGAGAGUCGAGGAGCUUUUUUUGCCCUCUCACUUUUUAUGGGUGCUCGCCAUAACUGGUGUAAACCUUACCCGGCAUUGGACUAACAUCCUUAGCUUUUACAGUGCAACGGAUACUUUUUAUUACCUCAGAGAGCCACGUCCGCAUCGAAAAAAGUUACGGAGGGAAAAAGAAAUAUCAGUUUACUCCGAUCUUCAUGUGUUCCACCAUUUUUCUAGAAAGAUGAAAGCACUUAUUUUUCAUGAUUAGGUGGUGCCUUAGCCUCUGCCUCCUUUUAUGCAUGCAAGAAAGAGGUUUUUGUUCCAUAUUUAGAUCAAUAACUAAAUAGUCGACAUUAAAAACCGAUUGCAUGCAUCCUUAUUGGGAGGGCUAUUUUAUGCCUCGUGUAAGCUCAGAAUUUGACUGAAGGUCUGUGGACGGUUAGUCCUGAAAGGUUUGGGUGCUUCCAUUUGAUUGAAUACUGAUCAAGCUAGUGAAAUGCAUAGAACUGUAUUAAUCUUGAAUUAUGCGGCACGAUUAUAUGAUAGUCCAGCUGUUGCUUAGUGAUAAGAAAACCGCUCAUUUCAUUAUCGGAUUAAAUAUAGCGUGCAAUUCAACUAUUUUUUUGUAUAUCAUAGUUAUGUAUUGAUGCUAGUCAGUAGUGUCUAUGUUUUACCUCUACAGUCAGUGAGGGCUCAUUCACCAAUAUGUUGACUGCAUACUUGAACUCCACCUCAAAAAGUCUUUGGAAUGUAAAAACCGAUACAACCGUCUUAAUCUCUUCGAGAUAACAUAAUUUGCUCAUUACUUUAUGUUUGAAUACCAAGCAUAGACCCGAACACCUGUGCACACUCUUAAAUUCCCAAGUCAGUUGACUUUGUCUAGAGAAUUUGGUUCAAUUAAAACUGAACUUAAGUAUUUGUAGGCAUUCCCCUUCCCUCGCCCCAAUUUUUCUAGUUAUAGAAUUAUAGGAAUAGCUCGUCCAAAAAUGAGAGUUUGCUAAAAAUGUAACCUCAGGCCACCCAAGAUGUAUAUGAAUUUGGUUCUUAAUCGGAACAGAUUUGGAGAAAUUAGCAUUAUGCCAUUUACUGCCAGUGGAUCCUCUGCAGUGAAUGGGUGCCGUCAGAAUGAGAGUCCAAACAGCUGAUAAAAAUAUCACAAUAAUCCACAAACAGUUCUAAACAAAUAUGUUGGUGAAUAUUUGUUGUGAGAGUUUAUUACAAACAUGCAGCUUUUCUCUUCAGAAGACGAAAUUGAUGGACUGGAGUCCACCUUAGAUCUUAGAUUAUUGUUUUUAUCAGCUGUUUGGACUCUCAAUCUGAUGGCACCCAUUCACUGCAGAGGAUCCAUUGGUGAGAAAGUGAUAUAAUUCUAUAUUUCUCCAAAUCUGUUCUGAUAAAGAAUCAAACUCAUCUACAUCUUGGAUGGCCUGAGGGUAAGUACAUUUUCAACAAAUGUUCAUUUUUUGGGUGAUCUUCUUCUUUAAAGAAAAAACCUCUUUUAAAUUCAAAUAAUACUAAAUUGUUAUAAGAAUAUUCAGUUAAAGACUGAGGCUCUCAUUUUUCUUCUUCAUUUUUCUUGCGGUUGCUGCUCACGCUGCAACAAUCAAGAUCUGUUUAUAUCUUUGCUACGAUACCCUUAAAACACGUGCGAACCACGUCAUGUUAGAACACGUGUUGGAUUUCUGUCGCAGCUGCAAUGUGCAGGAGAGAAUAGAAGGUUUGAUAAUCACUGCAGUGCUAGCUAGUACAUAUCGACCUUGAUUUCUCUUGCAUUACUGCUUCUACUUGACCUUUUGAGACAUCUUAAUGCUACAAAGGAGAAGGAUGUUAU